ACCGAAUUUCCGAUAGGUACCUAAGUUCUGAAUUUCCGAGUAUCUGAGAAUCUGACUAACUGAUUUCUGACGAUUGUUCUGGGUUCAGGGCGUUCGGGCCUGAUAUUUGGAAAUGUUAAAUAACAAUUAACAUGAUAAAAUAAUAUAUUUUGUCAUAGAUAUCAAUUAUUAGUUAAAUUGUUUAAUAUCUUUCUUAAUUUGUAUUUGUUUGUAUAUUUGUGAACACUAAUGUCAUUUAAAAUCCUUAUGCAAGACAUUAAAUAAGUUGUUUUUAACAUACGAAUGUCUGAUAAAGUAUUUUUUUAUUAGAGAGACAACAUUGAUGUCCAAUAUCAUUUAAAUUAUUGUUCGUUUCUAUACCUAACAAUUGUUAGUGAUAAUUAAAUUAAAUUAAUAAUGUUCUUGUCCUAGAUAUAAACACUCGACACUUGUGUAAUUGAAUGGAAGCCAAAAUUUACAUAAACGAUUCUGGUAAUGCAGAAUUAUUACCUAAUAAAAAAGAAGAAUCAUCGAGAAAACUUCUAUGGGUUGAUAUUGGUCAUUUUUCUGAAUUAUGGCAAUUUUUAAUUUGUUCAGUUGUUGUGUUUAUUUUUUUUAUUCCGUAUGGAUACCUACAAGAAGCAAUAUUUUCAAUUAAAGGUUUUAAACCAUUUGGAUGGUACUUAACUUUGGUGCAGUUUUUUAAUUAUUCGAUAUUUGGAUUAAUAGAGAGUCAAUUCAAUCGUACACAACGAAGGAUACCACUGGUCUUGUAUCUUUUAUUGGGACUGAUAUUAUUAGGUUCAAUGGGGUUUUCAAAUGCUUCACUUGGUUACUUGAAUUACCCAACACAAGUCAUAUUUAAGUGUUGCAAACUGAUACCAGUUAUGAUUGGUGGAGUAUUAGUACAGCACAAAGUAUAUAAAGUUAUUGAUAUAGUAGCAGCAUCGUGUAUGUGUGCAGGAUUAAUAUUAUUUACUUUAGCUGAUAAUAAAGUUUCACCAGAUUUCAAUCUUAUAGGUAUAAUUUUGAUAAGUUCUGCAUUAUUUUGUGAUGCACUUAUAGGUAAUUUUCAAGAAAAAAUGAUGAAAAAACAUAAUGCAUCCAAUGCGGAAAUUGUUUUAUACUCCUAUUUAAUAGGAUUUAUAUAUUUGUUAUUUGUUUUGUUGGCGAGUGGACAACUAAGAGAUGGAACAGAAUUCUGCAUUCAGAAUCCAGUGACUUAUAUAUACAUAUUUUUCUUUUCUCUCUCUGGAUUUUUUGGAGUUCAAGCUGUACUUGCUUUGAUAAGAACUUGUGGUGCUUUAGUUGCUGUAACUGUGACUACAUGUCGGAAAGCUGUAACAAUAGUGAUAUCAUUUUUAUUGUUUUCAAAGCCAUUUACAUUUCAGUAUGUUUGGGCUGGAUUACUUAUUGUUUUAGGAAUUUAUUUAAAUGUUUUAGGAAAAACAAAUCAUUUUGACUUAAAAAUGUUUUUUAUGACUUCGAGUAAAAUAUUUGGAAAUAUUAAGAAACGGAGAAAAUCACCAAUGAUAGUUUGAUUUCUAGAACAAUUAAUUAUUUUAACUAACUAUUUAAUUCCAAUCGAUUAGAAAUAAUAAUAAUUACAUACUACAACCAAGUAUUAUUGUUAUUAAAUGUUUUUAUAUUACAUAAAUUUACAAGUAUCAAUUUGAUAGAACCUUAAUGCCGGGUUGCAUGAAAAAUGUAUUAAUGGUUCAAUAAAAUGUAAUAUACCAAUCGUGUGUCACUAAAUCAUGUUUUAAUGACCAUUAGCGCACUAUUAAUUUGCUAAAUGUUAAGCGAUUGUUCAUGCAACCCGUCAUAAGUAUUUUAAGUAUAAAAAAGUUUAUAUUUAUCAUCAGAUCUAUUUGAUUGGUCUACUUAAUAAAAAUUUUAAUUUUUCAAAUAUGAAUCUACUUACA